CAGACCCGGCCCGGGAGCGCGGCCGGCGGCGGUUGGCGGCGUGUGGGGCCGGCGGGCGGUUGCUGCGAACGGACCCGAGCGCAGGCAGCGAGAGCUGGCGCCAUGGUGGAGAAGGAGGAGGCGGGCGGCGGUAUCAGCGAGGAGGAGGCGGCGCAGUAUGACCGGCAGAUCCGUCUCUGGGGACUGGAGGCCCAAAAACGGCUUCGGGCCUCCCGGGUGCUUCUUGUCGGCAUGAAGGGACUCGGGGCUGAAAUUGCCAAGAAUCUCAUCCUGGCUGGAGUGAAAGGACUAACCAUGCUGGAUCAUGAACAGGUAUCACCAGAAGACCCUGGAGCUCAGUUCCUGAUCCGAACUGGGUCUGUUGGCCGAAACAGGGCUGAAGCCUCUUUGGAGCGAGCACAGAAUCUCAACCCCAUGGUGGAUGUGAAGGUGGACACUGAGAAUAUAGAAAACAAACCCGAGUCAUUUUUCACUCAGUUCGAUGCUGUUUGUCUAACUUGCUGCUCCAGGGAUGUCAUAGUUAAAGUUGACCAGAUCUGUCACAAAAACAGCAUCAAAUUCUUCACAGGAGAUGUUUUUGGCUACCACGGAUACACAUUUGCCAAUCUUGGAGAGCAUGAAUUUGUGGAGGAGAAAACCAAAGUUGCCAAAGUUAGUCAAGGAGUAGAAGAUGGACCUGAUACCAAGAGAGCCAAACUUGAUUCAUCUGAGACAACCAUGGUCAAAAAGAAGGUGGUCUUCUGUUCCGUCAAAGAAGCGCUGGAAGUGGACUGGAGCAGUGACAAAGCAAAGGCAGCUCUGAAGCGCACGACCUCGGAUUACUUUCUCCUUCAAGUGCUUCUGAAGUUCCGCACAGAUAAAGGAAGAGAUCCAAGUUCUGACACCUUUGGGGAAGACUCUGAGUUGUUGCUCCAGAUUCGGAAUGAUGUGCUCGACUCCCUGGGUGUUAAUCCUGACCUGCUUCCCGAGGACUUUGUCAGGUACUGCUUCUCUGAGAUGGCCCCAGUGUGUGCAGUGGUUGGAGGGAUCCUGGCUCAGGAAAUUGUGAAGGCCCUGUCUCAGAGGGACCCUCCUCACAACAACUUUUUCUUCUUUGACGGCAUGAAGGGGAGUGGGAUUGUGGAGUGCCUCGGCCCCAAGUGAACCCCACACUUGGCGGCCCCAAAGAUGCCAACUCGCAGCCCGCCCAUACGGGGUCCCCGUCCCCUGUCCCCCGGCAAGGCAUCUCCAAGCAGGGCAAAUCGAGGUCCUUGAACCAGUAUGAACCGUGUCCUGCGAGCAGGGAGGUCCUGCAGAUGUGCCCCUUCUCAGCACCAGCAGCUGCCAAACAAGGGGCCUAGGUCCUGGCUGUCUCCCCGCCAGCCCCAGGCCUGCAGCUUGCCUGAGUGGCCAGCACCGGGAAGCCCCCUCUCAGGCCUCUCAGUCCUGGUGUCCUCCUGGCCCCACCAGCCCCCCAGGGAUCGCUGGAGGUGCUGGCCGGGAGCCAGCUCACCUUGUUGCACUGGAGCCUCUUGCCACCUUCGUGGACUUAGUCCCCGCCUGCUAUCGCACAGAGAAGAGCAUGACUUCAGGUGGGGAGUAAGGCCCGGGACCCAUGAAACACUCGUGGAACCACAGUUCCAAAUGCAGACAGGUGCCCUUAGAGAGGAAAAACCAUAGCAGGUGGAAUGUAUUUCCUCCAAAGUUUUCAACUCUGAAAAACAACAGGUGGCAUCUGGUGUGCUGUUCUUGGGGUUUAGUUUAGGAUUAGUUGAGUUCCAGCCAGGCUUUUGGAAGAGAAGAAAUGUUACCAAGUCCUCUUGGGUAUUAGAAUGAGCCCUUGCCAAUUGAAUAUUAGUGGGAAAGCUUGUAAAAAGGCAGAUUCCUGGGUCCCACCCCCCUGGGACUCGGAACAUUGGGAUCUAGCUGGGACGGAGGAGCCCUUCGUGGCGCUGCAGGGACGCUUUGGAGGCACAGCACGUGAGGGCUGUGUGUGUCUUUCAUCUUCCCCCGAAUUGCAGCUGUUUGUGUUUUUUUAUAUUUUCUAUGUUUCCUUGGUUCUUUAAAAAGAAAUGGUAGAAAUAAAGUUAUUUGCUUUAGAA